AGUGUAAUCUGAGCUUCUGAAGAAGUAGCUACAAAACCUUGCAGUCGGAAUCAAGUGCCGGGUGUGGCAACGGUUGACGGAUAAAAACCGGCUUUUAGUUGUUAAUGUGUGCGGGGUGAAAAUGUUAAAAAUAAUGAUGUUUUAGAUUAACCGUUAUCAACCGCCGGAAAACCAAUUUUAAAAAAGUAGAACAUAGGCUUUCGAGUUGUUAAACGUUAGAGAACAAAAUAAAAUUGUUGUAAUAUUUUUGAUGAGCUUUUUAUCAUCGAGCUAUUCAUUUUUAAGAAAAAAUGUCUAGCACUCAAUCGCAAAUGAAACCUUUUGGCGAUGUGGUUGACAGAGAAAACAAUAUUGAUUCGCCAAAUAGUACCAGUGUACCCAAAAUGGACUUGCUAAAGGUUAAUUAUGUGCACCAGUGCAAGAAUGCUAUUAUUCACAAGUCAAACGAUUCACCUUUGACUGCGCAACGAUACAAUCCGAAUCCAUUUGGUGGAUACCGCCGUCAGUUGAAAAAUAUACCGAUAAUCGAGGAUAGGCAUCGAAACGGUCAAAAUCGAUCGUCAAACAGCUCACGGAUUUUGCUGGAAAAUCUUAAAAUGCCAAAAGCUGAUUCUUGGCAAGAGCUGACGCCUCAGGACUCAAAAUUUAAAACUUAUACUAAUGAUACAAACUACGUUUCAACACAAUGCGCCGUAAGUUCCGCAAGUAAUUUGGACAAUUUAGAGACUGUCAUAAUAGAGAGUAAUGUUGAUGAUAUAUGUGACUGUAAAAUAUCGCGCAACUGGAAAUCCCAUAAUGAUUGUAUUGGUUUUCCAAAUGCAGUCGUCGGUGUUAUUUCCCGGAAAGACCGCAUUGCCCGCAUUGAGAACAAAAGGAGCAGCUCUCACCGAAAAUCAGCGACUCGAAUACCGAAGCCAAACGAUGCGCGCGAUAAUCAUUCUAUACCGGAGUGGAUGUUUAAAAACCCAGGAACUGGGGAAAGAAAUGGCAGCAACAAGUGCAGCAGCAUUGUUUCUAUUACGCAACCAAAGCCAUCCUCCCGCCUUCAACAAAUAAUUAUGUUUGGCCGUGUACAUAUGAAUGAUCAGCCGUUGAAGAGAAAAACUAAACUUCCUGAAGCUUCCAGCAACGAAAGCUACGAAUGCAGUAUGUUUUCAAAGCUCCUAUCUAAAGAAGAUCGCAAUAAAGAAAGUUUUAAAGAUAACCUUUCUAUUAACAGCAUCUCUGAUCCCGGCUUUUCUGCCAAUAAAAAAAAACGCAGUCAGCAACGAUUUCAAACAAUUAAGGAUGGAGACUCGGUGAACGAUGAUUACAAUGAAAAGCAACUGCUCAAAGAACGCGAUGAAAUUGAUGGCUUACUUCAAAUAAAGGGUUUUUUGGACCAUAACGAUUUGCAGAACUUUUCGAAUAAAAAUUUGACCAAAAUGACAACUAAUGAACUGCUAAGUGCUGCCACAGCAAAUAACAAAAAGUGUAACAUUGAUCUAGAGCGCAGAUUAAAUAAUUUUCAAAUCAAGGGAGAAGAACAACAGUUUGAUGAUAUUUGGAACAAUGAAAUUUGUCAUCCCCAUGAGAAAUAUUUUAAAACCGACUCUCAUCCACCGUCCAUCGCCAAAAACAGUCCUGCCUCAAUUAUCUUUAUGAACGGGAAGUACAAUGACUCGAGUAAAUUUCCACAAUCAACGAGGUCUUAUUCUGUUGAGUUAUUGUCAAGUGAUUCAGUUUCACUAUCAGGUUGCAGUGGAUCUUGCUUGGAAAACAGUUCUCAGUGCGAUUCAGAUGAAGAUUGCUUCGAAUGUAAUCAUAAUCAAAAUGUCUCUAAGCUUAUUAACGACCUUCCCAAGGAUUUCUACAAUACCGACGAAGGCAUUUUCUGGAACAACGCUUAUGACGACAUUCCAAUGGAAACCUGCAGCCUUUCAUGCACCGACAAGAAUGAUUGUUUACACUUGGAUGAAAAUUUAAGCGAAAACAUAAAACCCAUAUCGGUACAAGAAAUUAAAGCCAGUGGUUUAGUUGCGAAUUUUACACGAAGCCAAAUGUUCCUGCUAAAGGCUAAUGAUAAGCAGGACUGGAGAACAAGACGCAGCAAUGGUAUCCCGUCUUUAGAAAUCACUGAUCAACAAAAUCAGCAGGAUACAGAGACACGUUGUCUGAAACGUGGUCAUGUGCUCAAGGAACUUUUGGAGACAGAACGCAUCUACGUAAAUGAAAUGGGUUCAAUCUUAAAGGUAAUACAAAAAAAUGGCUACAGUGAUCGCCUUAAGUCAGAAGUUCAAGCCCCUGCGAGUCUACAAGGGAAAGAAGAUAUACUAUUUGGAAACCUUAAAGAACUAUAUAGAUUUCAUUGUGAAGUUUUUCUAAAGGAUCUUGAAAACUGUAUUUCAGCCACUGAACUGGUUGCCCUAUGCUUUGUUCAAAGGCGCGACACAUUUUAUCAAUUGUACUCAUUCUAUUGCCAAAAUAUCCCACGUUCAGAGAGGUUGCGUGAAACCCUAGUAGAUACACAUAUAUUUCUCCAAGAGUGUCAAAAACGACUUGGUCAUAAACUCCCGCUGGCUGCAUAUUUGUUAAAGCCAGUUCAGAGGAUUACAAAAUACCAGCUCCUUUUAAAGGACUUGCUGCGCUUCAGCGAUAGUGGUAGCUGCUCCAAGGAACUUCAAAAGGCACUUGAUUGUAUGCUUAUCGUUUUAAAAUGUGUCAACGACUCUAUGCACCAAGUAGCAAUAACCGGGUUUCCGGGUGACGUAGCACAACAGGGUGAACUUUUGAUGCAAGACUCAUUCCAGGUUUGGACAGAAUCCAAAAAGGAUAUUCGCCUUCGAAUCAAGCCGCAGCAGCGACACAUAUUCCUCUAUCAAAAAUCAAUGCUGUUUUGUAAGGAAACUUUAAAGCCCGGCCACAACAAAAGCACCUAUCAAUUUAAGAACCAUGUUAAGAUGUCGCAAAUUGGAUUAACGGAGUCUGUGAGGGGUGAUACAAAACGCUUUGAAGUUUGGCUACAAGGGCGCCAGGAAGUUCAUACCUUGCAGGCACCUUCAGUUGAUAUAAAACAAAAAUGGGUUGCAGAGAUCAAACGUGUCCUCUUCAAUCAACUCGAGGAACUAAAAGGAGAGAAAAUAAAACAAUAUGGAAUAAAUCAACAGGAUUUUAGACAAACAACUUUUUGGGAUUCCCCAAGCAAUACUGUAACUCCUACUAACCACACAAUAUAUGUAGAAACCCUUCCAGAGGCUUCUAACCUGAAGUCGAAAUGCAGCAGCGACUUUUUUAGUACUGUUACCGAAUUGUCGGACAAGGAUCAACAACAAAAUUGCAGUUUUAGCUUAGAAUGUUCAAACAGCGAAGAGGAACUGGCUUUUCUUGAAGAAAGUAGCUCCCCGGGUGAUACAUUUGUUGUGCUGGCUGAUUAUUCAGCCAUGACACACUCGGAAGUUGCGAUGCGGGAAGGAGAUACGGUAGAACUGCUGAAGGUGGGAUGUGCUGGUUGGUGGUACGUGAGAACUUUAGAUACUAAUGCAGAGGGAUGGGCUCCAGCAGCUUACAUGGAACAUCUCAAUCGAAAAUCGGAACGAGUCUUAAGUCGCCAUAAGGAAAGAAUUAACUUUAAACAACCCAACUAACAUGUCAAUAGAAAUAAUACUUUUUAGCUACUUUCAUUUCAUUUGUAUUUUUAAGACGAAAUUAAAAUCUAAAAAAUUCCACAUAAUAUACAGGACCAAAUCAGGUAAUAUGCCUAGACAAA